AUGCACGCCGGUAAAAGCUCUCGGGCCGGGACGACGCUGGAGAACGAAGCCGAGGAUGCGGUGGAGGAGCACGAGCCCAUCCCCGAGCAGGCAGGAGAAAGUCCGGAUGAGCCGGACGGAGCAGAGGAGGGAGAGUCCGCACCGACCCACGAUGCGGCCGACUCGUAUGACGAGGCAGAGGAGGACGAGGGGGCAGCGGAGCGGGAAUCACGGCGGGACGACCCCGACCGUCAGGAGGGACAUCGCGCAAGCCAUGCGGCGCAGCAGGACUGCGUCGCCAAGCGGAGCAGCGCAGUGCACGGCAGCGAGGAGAAGGGCGCGGGAACGAGCGACAGACCCCGCGUGGAGGAGGACGACGGGGGGAAUCCCGCUCGCCCGAGCGGCAGUGGCACCAGAGAGGAGCGUCGCGCUCCCCGCGCCAGCAGAGGCGGUGGCACCAGUGGCCCAGAGAGGAGUCGCGCUCGCCCGUCCGAGGUCGCGGGCGCGAGGGAAGGCGGGACGAGGCGAGAGGCUCACCUGUCGGCCAGCGGUGGUACGGAAGGGGCGAAGGGGGAUGGUCGCCAUACCCGGUGA